AUGCCAGUCUCGAGCAAUGUUCGUCGCAUGUACAAUGACCUACUCAAAGCAACAUUGAGCAAUCGCCGUUCGACAAUUCUCCUUACUUGCGUAUUCCUUACCAUUGUCAUCUUCGUCUGGUACCAUCCUGCAUCCGGCAGCAGCGCAUCUACAACACCAUUAUCCUCCUCAUCUCAAUGGAGCGGCAACAGUGACGUCCAGAAUAAAAAGGAUUUAUUCAAUGGAACAUGGGACUAUGAGCGAGACAGGAACAAUCUCCUACUCGAUUCUGCACAAUGCGAGCAGGCCUUCCCCGGAUUGUUCACAGAGGUCGACAGAGCAGUGAAGGAAUGGCAGCAUCGAAGCAUCUCAGUGGCAGACGUUGACGCAAUUACUCCAAAGAAUGGCUACGUCCGCGCCAUGAUUUAUGACCAAGAGCUCUAUAUGAUUGCGACCCAAGGCAAGAUAUACUCUCGCGAACUAGCGACUCUGCACGCCCUGCACCGUGCCAUUGUCUCCUCGCCGGAGCCUCUGCCCAACAUCGAAUUCGCAUUCAACACGGACGAUCGCAUCUUCGAGCCCGUCCCGUUGUGGGGGUACGCGCGGCAGGAAGCAGACGCGCAUAUAUGGCUGAUGCCCGAUUUCGGAUACUGGUCAUGGCCAGAAACCAAAGUGGGGACGAUGCGCGAAGUGCAAAUGAAAGCGGCGCUCACCGAAAACAAAUGGUCGUGGGGCAACAAAGUCGACAAGCUGCUCUGGCGCGGAGCGACCAUGGGGCUGAAGCUGCGCGAGAAACUGAUUGAAGCUGCUCGCGACAAGCCAUGGGCCGACGUCAAGGCACUGAACUGGAAGGACAAGGACAGCGUGAGCAACGAUCUCAAGUCCAUGCCGGAGCAUUGCCAGUACAAGUACCUCGCGCACACAGAAGGAAACUCGUAUUCCGGACGUCUCAAGUACCUGCAGAGCUGCAAGAGCGUCAUCGUUGCCCAUGAAAUGGACUGGAUCCAGCACCAUCAUCCCCUGAUGCGCGCCAAGGGCCCCGACCAGAAUUACGUCCAGGUCGAUCGCGACUACGAGCGCCUCAGUGAACAGAUUGAGUGGCUCCAGGCACACGAUGAAGAGGCAGAGCGUAUUGCCACGAACAGUGUCAACACCUUCAGAUACCGCUACCUCACGCCCGCCGCGGAAACGUGUUACUGGCGCCGCCUCAUCCACGGCUGGUCCCAUGUCAGUUUCCAGCCGGAGUUUUUCAAGGAGGAAGCCGGCCAAAAGGUUUGGCGUGGCCUGCCUUUUGAAUCUUUUGCAUUAGAGCGACGACUGGAGUGGGAUCCUUAUUAA